UGGGAGAGUUCGGAGAGGUGGGGUGCACAGCCUGCCCUGCGACUGCUAUUUUGUGAGGCGAUUUUCGUGCACUUCCGUCGGCCAUGGAGGCUCAGCGCGUUAUCAGCGUGUCACUGGGCAAGAUCGCGCAGAGCCGCGUGCAACGCUCAGGGUGCAGUCUGCACAAGUCACUGAUGGUGGCGUCGAUCCUGCAGAAGGCCCGGCACCUGUACGUCGAGCAGGCGUUCAUGAUGCACUGCCGUCCACCGGUGGCGCCGCCGGCAGCCGCGCCCGCGCCGCCGCCGCCGGCCGACCGGGCGCCGGUCUAUACGGACCUCGACGAGUGCGGUCCGGCCGGGCGCGGCGUCGGCGGCGUGCCUGAGCCAGCCGAAGCGGCCGAACCGAGCGAGCCGGCGCGCCGGAAGCGCCUCAUUUCCGACGAGGAGACUGAGGAGGCGGUGGCGUCGAUCCUGCCGAAGCGCGCGCGCAUCGAGCCUGACCCGCCGUCUAAGGACGCCGACUCGGACGACUCGGACGACUCGUGCUACGAGAGCGGCGACAGCGACGACAGCGAGGCGGACGCCAUGGAGAUCGACCGCAUCACCAGUCUCGUCUCCGUGUUCAGCUUCGACAGUUUAAAGCUACGCCGGGCGGCACCCGAACCGUGGGAGCUGAGUGCGGCGGACCCCGUGGCGGUCCGUGCGUGACCGUCGUCCUUCUAGCCGUGAGCGGGGCCCGGCGCCGCUCCCCAGCUGUGAUCUCUAGUACCUGACGCGUGACCGCGUGCCGGGCGCUGGCGCCAUGAUGGCCGCGACUCUGCCGCCGCCGCCAUUGUGGAAUUUUCCGCCGAGCGGCCGACCGUCGCCCGGGGCGACCGCCGGCGCCGGGCGGGCAGGGUGCUGCACAGGACCGGUUUUGCGCGCAGGGCCGGAACCGGGCAGACGGCCGCGGCGGUCGCCCGCUCGCCAGUGCAAUGUUUAAUCGCUCUCGUGUGGGGCCCUGUCUUCCGAGCCUGGUCCGAGCCGCGGAUUGUGAAAGAGCGGGUGACGUGGCAACGCGGCCGGAUUGGGCCGGCUGCCCGGCCGGGCGAGCGAGCGAUCUCACACACUGCCGCAUCAUGAUGAAUCAUGUUUUCCAAUGAAGCUGCUGGCGGCGUCAAUUGUGAUCCAUAAUCUAGACUCUUGGAAGCGAGAGAUGAUAGUACUAUUUUGUAUAUAUUUUGUACAUAGGCAAAUAUAUUAUCGUACGCAUGUGUA